UUGAAGUUAUUCGUGGCCAGUCCUUUGAACGUAGAGGUGGUUGUGUGAAUCAAAAUGAAGUCCUUAGUGCUAGCUGUUGUCAGUUUACUGGCAAUUUCAUCAAUAAAUUGUGAAGUGUUCUUUGAGGAGAAAUUCCCUGAUGACUCAUGGGAAUCCAACUGGGUGUACAGUGAGCAUCCCGGAAAAGAGUUCGGCAAGUUCAAGCUGACUGCUGGAAAGUUCUACAAUGACCCGGAGGCAGAUAAAGGUCUGCAGACGUCCGAAGACGCGCGGUUCUACGCGUUGUCCCGCAAGUUCAAGCCGUUCAGCAACGAGGGCAAGCCCCUGGUGGUGCAGUUCUCCGUGAAGCACGAGCAGGACAUCGACUGCGGCGGCGGCUACCUGAAGGUGUUCGACUGCAAGUUGGAGCAGAAGGACAUGCAUGGCGAGACCCCCUACGAGAUUAUGUUCGGCCCCGACAUCUGCGGUCCUGGUACCAAGAAGGUGCACGUGAUCUUCAGCUACAAGGGCAAGAACCACCUCAUCAAGAAGGACAUCCGCUGCAAGGAUGAUGUCUACACUCACUUGUACACUCUGAUCGUGAAGCCCGACAACACCUAUGAGGUGCUCAUUGACAAUGAGAAGGUUGAGUCCGGAGAGCUGGAGGCCGACUGGGACUUCCUUCCCCCCAAGAAGAUCAAGGACCCCGAAGCCAAGAAGCCCGAAGACUGGGACGACAGGCCCACCAUCCCCGACCCUGAGGACAAGAAACCUGAGGACUGGGACAAGCCCGAGCACAUCCCCGACCCUGAUGCUACCAAGCCUGAGGACUGGGACGAUGAGAUGGACGGCGAGUGGGAGCCACCCAUGAUCGAUAACCCUGACUACAAGGGCGUCUGGGCACCUAAGCAGAUCGACAACCCUGCCUACAAGGGACCGUGGGUACACCCCGAGAUCGACAACCCUGAGUACACCUCUGACCCCAACUUGUACAAGCGCGACGAGCUCUGCUCCGUCGGUCUGGACUUGUGGCAGGUCAAGUCUGGCACCAUCUUCGACAACUUCCUCAUUGGUGACAACAUUGAGGAGGCCGCCGAACGCGGUGAGGAGCUCAAGAAGAGGUUAGAAGGUGAAAAGAAGAUGAAGAGCGAGCAGGAUGAGGCCGAGAGGGAGAAGGAGAAGGCAGACAAGCCUGAUGACGAGGAGGAUGAUGAGGAUCUGGAUGAUGAGCAAGCCGACAAUGUGCCUGCAGAGGACCACGAUGAGCUGUAAACUGUGUCAAUGUGUGUGUAAAGACAAUAAGUAUCGUCGGGUACAUACUUGAGCGUGUGUGUGUGCGCUGAAUGUGCGUGAGCGCAUGGUAACGUUCCAAAAACUUGAAGAAGUUCUCUAUAGUGUUUUAUAGUGUGUUUCGUUCCAGUCUUCUCUUUCAAUAUGUAUGAUAACAUGCUGUAAAAUUUUAUUCAUAAUUUAAUCAUACUAGUUUCUUGUAUCGUAAUGCGUGUGAUGGCUCGAAAUAUUCCAAGUUGGGGUUUUAAUAUUUAUUUUUUCUGGCCCAACGUACAUUUUGUAUAAAGGUUGAAAUCACGCUCAGUUUUUAUUGUAUUAAUGUUAAUACGGCACUGUGUGUCGUCGAGUGCAGGGAUUUAUUGUACACUGUUAGUGCUGUAGCCUAAAUUUUUUGUAAGAAUUUGACUAAUGUUGUAGAAUAAAUCUGUGAGUGAAAGUUUCUCAUUUAUGUUGUGAAACGAGUCUGAUUAAAAUUAAUAUAUUAAAUUUA